AUGGAACUGAGGGUUGGCAAUAAAUACCGGCUGGGACGGAAAAUCGGUAGCGGUUCGUUUGGCGAUAUCUACCUUGGUACAAAUAUUUCUACAGGAGAAGAAGUAGCCAUUAAAUUAGAAUGUAUAAAAACGAGGCAUCCCCAAUUGCACAUAGAAUCCAAAAUUUACAAAAUGCUUUCAAGAGCACCUGGAAUACCUAUAAUAAAAUGGUGCGGUUCCGAAGGAGAUUACAAUGUUAUGGUAAUGGAAUUACUAGGUCCAUCAUUAGAGGAUCUUUUCAAUUUUUGUUCCAGAAGAUUUUCAAUAAAAACUGUGCUACUAUUAGCUGACCAAUUGCUGGAUAGAAUAGAGUAUAUACAUAGUAAAAACUUCAUACACAGGGAUAUCAAGCCAGACAAUUUUCUAAUGGGUUUGGGUAAACGUGGCAAUUUGGUGUAUAUUAUAGAUUUUGGUCUUGCAAAGAAAUAUUGCGACAGCCGAACCAAUGAACAUAUAAUGUAUCGAGAGAACAAAAAUCUCACUGGAACUGCUCGAUAUGCUUCCAUAAAUACCCAUUUAGGAAUAGAACAAAGUCGAAGAGAUGAUCUAGAGUCUCUUGGUUAUGUAUUAAUGUACUUUAAUCGUGGUUCUUUGCCAUGGCAAGGUUUGAAAGCAGCUACUAAACGACAAAAAUAUGAACGUAUAAGUGAAAAAAAAAUUGUAACUUCAUUUGAGGAUUUAUGCAAAGGAUAUCCAAAUGAAUUUUUAACAUACUUGCUGUAUUGUCGUGCAUUGAGAUUCACCGAAAAACCAGAUUUUACGUAUUUAAGGCAAUUAUUUAGGCAGUUGUUCCAUCGUCAAGGAUUCACGUACGAUUAUAUUUUCGAUUGGAAUAUGUUGAAAUUUGGAGCAAAUGGUGCUCGAUAUAGUGGAUCAGAUGAUCAAAAGAAUGCCUCGCAUCAAGAUAGCAGACGUGCAAUGCAAGACAGUAGCUCUCCUUCUACUAAUGUCGUUCCACUAAAUAGUCGCGCUCAAGCUGAUCAAAGUGGAAUAAAGAAUUUUUUAUCCAAAGUUCCUCUGGUACCAAUGGAUAAUUGUUCGGGAGGUGGUGUUAUUCAACCAUUACCAACAAGAUUGCGUUACAGUGCUGAUCCUGGUUCAGCGCGACCAGUGAGAACUCAAACUCGAAGCUCAGCAAUGGCAACAUCUGAAUCGCCUUCUGUUACUCAGCCUUUGCAAACCAACGUCUCCGGUUCAAUGAUACCACCUGCGUGA